AUGGUGAUAAGUGCAGCUUCUGAUGCGGUGAAGUACAGAAUCUUCGUGUCAACUUUCAAAGGCACGACGAUGGCUUGGUUCACGACUUUGCCUCGCGGAUCUAUCACGAACUUCCGCGAUUUCUCUUCGAAGUUCCUUGUUCAAUUCUCCGCAAGCAACAUCAAGCAGGUCACGAUUGAUGAUCUGUAUAACGUUCGCCAGUUGGAGCAAGAAACUUUCAAGCAGUAUGUGAAACGGUACAGUGCAGCAUCUGUCAAGAUCGAGGAGUCGGAGUCGCAAGUCUGUGCGCGCGCCUUUAAGAAUGGACUGCUGUCGGGGAGGCUGAACAGUAAGCUAAGUCUGAAGCCUGCUCGUUCGAUGGCGGAAGUCCAUGCUCGGGCGAACACUUACAUCCUGGAUGAGGAAGACGACACGUUCAAAAGGUGGCGUGCCAAGACGGAAAAAGAUGGCGGUCAGAGGGACGUUUCGCCAGCAAGCAGGCGAGGUCGGGAGAAGGGAGAAAGUAGCAAGCAAAGGGAUAAGAAAAUCAAACCAUCAGAGAAGCUAGCGAAGGAACAACUCUAUCCGAAGACGGAAAACUUUGAGCGACGGCGCCCGUGGCAAACUGAUUCUCGCCAGCGCGAGGGGUCAGGCAAAAACCUGAACGCACAUUUGACAGAACUACUUCGGGAGGUCAAGACAACGCAUGCAGUUGAUGAGGGCGAGAAGGAUGUUAACCCGCCGCGGGUGGCAGUGGAAAAAACCAAGUGGUGCGAGUAUCAUCGCUCGACGGGCCACGACACCGGUGAUUGCUUCACUUUGAAAAGUGAGAUUGAGAGGUUGGUCAGGGCAGGACGCUCACAAAUGAAUGAUCGCGGUGAUCGCUGGCAGGGCGAGCGCCAACUGGGGAAUCGCUACAAGGGAAACCGCCAGCAGGAUGACCGCAGGCGGGAUGACCGCCGUCGGACACCAACAGCGGAUAAGAAAGAGACAUUGGCGACAAGGAAGAAAAGAGCCGAAGAAACCUUCAACAAGGAUCUCGAACCGCCGGUUGGGACAAUCAAUACAAUUGCAGGGGGCUUCGGCGGGGGCGGCGACACCUAA